AUGAUGCUUCCAUCUGAGUGCUCAAAUACCUCCGAGGGGCCUACCGGUGGUGUCCAAAGGAAGCUGUACAAGAGCGGUGAAAACAGAACACAAUUCGAUUUCGUCCUUGUCAGGCACCGCGAUCAGGUACUCGUAACAGAUGCGAAGACAGUAGCUUAUGAAACGGUCGCUGCACAACAUCGACCGCUGAUUUGUACGCUAAAGAUCGCCCCGCCGAAACCGAAAUUCGCCGAAAGGGAUAAAGUACGUGAGAAGAAAAAGCAAUACCACGCAUUCCUUUCGGACAAGACAGCCGAUACUUGGCAGCGCUAUCAGAUCGCGAAGAAAGAGGCGAAGAAGGUCGUUGCUUCUGUGAAGGCAGCUCAUUUUGCCGAAUUGAACGAAAAGCUCGAGUCUCGCGACGGUGAGCGGUAUGUUUACCGACUCGCAAAGACCCGCCAUCGCCAGACCGAGGAUGUAGAAAGGUUCUUUGGCAUAAAUGACGAGAAUGGUCACCUCCUGACGGACCGCAAGCAAACACUGAAACGAUGGCGAGAGUACUUCGAAAACAUCUCAACAGUCGAAUUNUGGUAUGCCUUACGACAGCAUGGCGUUCCCGAAGAGCUUAUUGUGUGGGUGCGUUCCUUUACACUAGCCCAAAGAGCCGAGUGCAAACGGCAGCGGGCACAUCGGCGGAUUUUCCCAUCUCCGUCAGAGUACACCAGGGCUCUGCGUUAUCCCCACUACUUUAUGUUGUCGUCAUGGAUGCCAUUACAAAAGACCUCCAGAAGCCGGCUCCAUGGACGCUUCUUUAUGCCGAUGAUGUGA